AGGGCGGGUACUGGCCCCCACGGCUGAUGCGUGCAUGCGUGCACACCUUCACGCGUGCGCUGGGAAAAGGCCCAGCCCUCCCUUUGCACCCAAGAAAUGAAGGUCCCAGAGUGGACACCUAGAAGACAAGGAUGUGGAGGGUCAGGAGCUUAUAAGGGGCAAAAGCAAACUCUUGGGGUGACGGGCAUAUGGUGGUUUCAUGAAUAUGGAUCUGUCACGACUCAUCAGCUCCUGGGGUUUGGAUAUGUGUAGUGAUGUGCCUCCAUCCAACACGCCUCAACAGACUGCAGGAAAACUAAGUGAAGUAAAUAACAGGGAAAAAUAAAGUCCAGGAUCGGGCAUGAGCUCCCUGUCACCCUCUUGAGUUUGCUGUCACCCACUUGGAGCCUUUCAGUCAGGUCUCCCGUCCCCAGCCCUGGACUCACCCCCUGUGACACCCUGCUCCCUCCCACCCCAGUACGCACAGUUAGAUUCAAGGACACUGGUCUACUUGGGGACAAACGCAGUGGCCGUGAGGGGUGGGUCCAGGAGGACCACCCCAGCUUGUGUGGACAACAAAGGAGUCUCAGGCAGUGACUGGAAAGAAGGACGGGGUCUUUGUCCCAGCAUCCAGGGACGGGGGAGGGUGCAGCCUUGGGACCACAACUGUGUUGUGCCCGAGCAGGGUUGUGUUGUCAUCUGUUGGGGGAGGUCUAGGCAGUGCUGUGUGUGGCCGUGUCUGCACUGUCCUGCCAGAGCCGAGGCAAGGCCACGUGGUGGAGGCACUGGAUGCCACAGUCCCCCUCAGGCCUGCCCUUCAUCCAUCCCAGCCUUGUCCCCCCCACAGCCCACGUCCCCUCUGAUCAUCAUAUAUAAUUUGUGUUUUUUCUGUUUAUUGUCCCUUCUCCCUGGGACGUAAGCACCGAAGAGCAGGGAUUUGUGUGUGUCGGGUGAGUGCUGCCUCCUAGGGUUUUGAUGCCCGCCUGACAGCACUUGCUUCGUAUUCGGGGCUGGGGCCGGGAUGUGGCUCAGUGCGAGCUGAGCUUGCACACAGUCCUGGUUUCAUCUCCUGAGAAAGCAAAGCACAAGGCAAACUUAUGAAUGAGAAAAAGCACCUGAGGUUGACAUAUGGCCGUGUCUGUGACAUAAACGAGUGCCUUGCCUGGCGCUAGGUAGAUGACAGCAGCAGACCAAUGGGCCAGGGGUGCACAAGUGCUAAUGAGCCACAGAGAUUGGCUCCAGCCUGACCAGGAAGCUUCUGGAAAGUGAUGUGACAGAGAUGCUUAUCGCCCCCUUGUGGUCAUCUUGGGCCUAGCAUGGGGCCCAGGAGUGUUUCCUGGGUGCAGGGGAGGCAGCAGCAGGUAGGUGGAGAAGGGGGACCUGGUCUGAUGUCACUCUUCACACUGAACCCCCCACACACAACAGGGAGAAGAUGAGCGUGGGCUGCCCAGAGCCCGACCCGCCGCACUCCCUGCCCUGCUGUGGGCCAGGGACCACCCCAGGCCCGGGCACAGGUGUGCCCCUCCUGACCGAAGACAUGCAGGCACUGACCCUCCGCACACUGGCUGCCAGCGAUGUCACCAAGCACUAUGAACUUGUCCGGGAGCUGGGCAAAGGCACCUAUGGGAAGGUCGACCUGGUGGCCUACAAGGGCACAGGCACAAAAAUGGCACUGAAGUUUGUGAACAAGAGCAAAACGAAGCUAAAGAACUUCCUGCGGGAGGUGAGCAUCACCAACAGCCUCUCAUCCAGCCCCUUCAUCAUCAAGGCCUUCGACGUGGUCUUCGAGACCGAGGACUGCUACGUCUUCGCCCAGGAGUACGCGCCUGCUGGGGACCUGUUUGACAUCAUCCCUCCCCAGGUUGGGCUCCCGGAGGACACCGUGAAGCGCUGCGUGCAGCAGCUGGGCCUGGCGCUGGACUUCAUGCACGGGCGGCAGCUGGUGCACCGCGACAUCAAGCCUGAGAACGUGCUGCUGUUCGAUCGUGAGUGUCGCCGGGUGAAGCUGGCCGACUUCGGGAUGACGCGCCGCGUGGGCUGCCGCGUGAAGCGCGUGAGCGGCACGAUCCCCUACACGGCGCCCGAGGUGUGCCAGGCGGGCCGCGCCGACGGCUUCGCGGUGGACACGGGCGUGGACGUGUGGGCCUUCGGCGUGCUCAUCUUCUGCGUGCUCACCGGCAACUUCCCGUGGGAGGCGGCGUCGGGCGCCGACGCCUUCUUCGAGGAGUUCGUGCGUUGGCAGCGCGGCCGCCUGCCCGGGCUGCCGUCGCAGUGGCGCCGCUUCACGGAGCCGGCGCUGCGCAUGUUCCAGCGCCUGCUGGCCCUGGAGCCCGAGCGCCGCGGGCCGGCCAAGGAGGUCUUCCGCUUCCUCAAGCACGAGCUCACGUCCGAGCUGCGGCGGCGGCCCUCGCACCGCGCGCGCAAGCCGCCGGGCCCCGGGGACCGCCUGCCCGCCGCGGGGCCGCUGCGCCUCGAGGCGCCCGGGCCGCUCAAGCGCACGGUGCUGACCGAGAGCGGCAGCGGCUCGCGGCCCGCGCCCCCUGCUGUCGGGCCGGUGCCGGUGCCCGUGCCCGUGCCCGUGCCCGUGCCCGUUCCGGUGCCUGAGGCUGGCCUGGCGCCCCCGGGGCCCCCUGGCAGGACCGAUGGCCGCCCGGACAAGAGCAAAGGGCAGGUGGUGUUGGCCACGGCCAUCGAGAUCUGCGUCUGAGCCGGCCCCGCCGCCCUCGGGCCAGGGCGCCGAGCACGCAGCCGGGCGGCUGGGGAGCAGCCCUCGGUCCGCGCUGAGCCGGUUCUGCCAGGCGGGAUAUGGAGCAGCCGCUCGGCGGCGGGAGGGAGUAGCAGUAGAGUAGACGGCCCAGGCACCCGGCCAGUCCGGCGGGCGGGUGAUAGAGCCACCAGGAGACCUCGCGCGGCCCUGCCGGUGGGCCUCGGCCCAGGGAGCCAAACCCCGCAGACUCGAGGAUUCAGAGGCCCCGACACCAGAGCCAGGGAGCUUGCGGGCCAGACUCCCCCACACCUCCCUGAGCCCUGGGACCCCUACAAGUUGCUCCUGGCCCUUUGCACACCCUGGUAGAUUAUCCCACAGUCCCCGCCCUUCUGGCCACUCCACUCUGUCCCCAUUGCACCCUGGGCACAGAAAGGGACUGAAGCUUAGGGCUGAGAUAGGGCGUGAGUCCUGGUGCGAAGGAGGAGGGCAUCCAGCAGAGGGCAAGCAUAUCCUGCCCCUUUCCUGGGAGGCUGGAGGGAGAGGCCAAGCCCCUGGACAAUGUAGCACAAGUCUGGAUGUCACAUAUGUGCGGGCACAGGCCCCAAGAAUCUAGUGGUGUCCCUACACCCCCAUUCUGCUGAUAAGAACCCUGAGCCCAGGAGGGGAGACAUUGCCCUGGCCACACAGCCACUGAGGUGGUGCUCUGGUAGUCCUUCCACUCUCCCUAUCCCCAAAACUACUGUCCUUACACCUCUGGGGGUCAGAAGGGCUCCAGGGCAGGGGUCUCAGGGGCCACCGCAUCCUCUAGGGCAGGGGAGCCCAGGGCAGGUCCAGCUCCCUCUGCAGAGGCACCUGCCGCCUGCCCCGGGAGAUCCUCCCAGUCCUCGGGCUCCACCUGGACACUCAGUGGGGACCCCAGGGGCAGCAAGUUAGUUUGGAACAGUCAUUUCUCCUGGGCUGCUGCUGGGGUCAGACAUUCCAUUUUCACGUUGCCCCUUCAGGCUGACCCCACCCCCACCUCUGUAGUCCCUGGAGAAGGCAGGGGUAGGAGGGCAUCUGUGGGCAUGAGGGAGGGCGUGGAAGCCCGCGAGGGUAAGUGACUGGUGUGUGCAAGGGCAAGUGACUGGUGUGUGCGGGUGUGUAGAGCACAUGUGUGGGAUGCCCUGUGCUUCCCGGUGACUGUGCAGCCAGACGCCUCUGCACCCCUGCCUGGGCCUCCUCACCAGGCAGCUGUCAAGAGGGCUGCCAGGCCUGCAUUUUGACCACACCCCUCAGGGAAUCCAGCAAGGAGGCACCUGCAGCCUGGUCCUGGCCCCUGGGCGGCAAAACCAAGAGGAAAGGAGCCAGCCUCAGCCAGCUCCCCGCGACCCGCCUCUGUGGAGGCUGGGCCCGCAAUAACCUCAACGUGGGUGAGGCUGCUCCCGCUGCCUGGCAGUGCCCUGCCCACCAGCCCCGGCUGCCUCUACCAGGGUUCCUCCUGGGGUUCUGGAGCGUUUGAGGGGACUCCUUGAUAGGCCAGGCCUGCGACAGGGGACACCAACCACCCUCUGACCUGGAGCCCCCACAUCUCCACCCACCCCUCAGUCCCACCACGCAAAAGGGCUAUAGGUCCCCUGCCCUGCCCAGUUUACAAUCAGCGUGUGGUCAUCCAGGGCCUGGCCCGCUCCCCAGUGCGCCCGAUCCUCGAGACCCCUCUCCCAGAGGGCAUGGGGCCCACCUACGCCAGGUAAGUAGCAAACCCCCUCCCGCCGAGGCCACAUCUCAGAGAAGGCCCCGUCACUGCCCGGCCACCUGGGCCGUCCAGGCCCUCUGUCCAGCAGCCACUUCUCCUUUUGCCUUAGGCCUCUCGACAGCCUGAUCUCCUGCAAUAACAAGGAAGCGAGACUCCAGUCCUCGUCCCCGCCAGACGCCCUCUCCCUCUCUGUUGAGAUCCUGUUGGGAGUGUCCUCCCUUGUCGUACUAGUACCUAGGAUGUUAGAGCUCGGGGGACCAUAGCUAUGUAGCCCACUCCCCUCUGUUUUCAGCGGCAGCAACCAGCCUGACCCUGAGCAGGACUGGAACUGGGCCAGGACUCUGUUCCUGUUGCCGCCGCCGCUGCUGCUGCUACUGUCUCUGUUGGUCGGGUUGGGACCCUUUGCCCCUUAGGAGAGGUGUUGGUCACAGAUGUUUACCUCAGUUUAUGUCAUUGUUGAAGAAACAAAAAAAUAGCAAAAAAUUAAUAACACCGUAGACAUGGAGACUUAGAAGACAAAAAAAAAAAAUCACAAAAAACCCUCCCCCUUGCGGUUCCUCUGUGAAGGUACAAUGUGUACGUGUGUGUGCGCACCUGUGGGGGUCUCUGACCCACCCCGGGGCAGGCCAGGGCGUCCCGGGCCUCUGUCCAAGCCCCUGUGUCUCCCACACUGCCCCCGUCCUUCGGUGCUUCCCAGAGGCCCCUCUGAGCUGGCCUGUGGGGUGUGGGGAGCCCCAUGGAUGGGAGGUGGGGCCACGGGCCAGCUGGAGGGUCCCCCACCAGGUCCACUGAACAGAGCCCCCAGGCUGGUAGCAUUCAAGCCUGGCUUGGGACCUGGGGCAGGGUCCUGGGUGGAACCCCAGCCCCAGAGCCCCAGACUCAUGUCUUGCCCCCGCGACCCCCCAAUAUGUGUUUGUAAAUACUCUGGCACCCUUUGGCCCUGAGAAAGUUUUUAAAUGUGUUAUCUACUUCUCUUAUCAUGACAAUUGCUAUAAAAUAAACAAAAGUUUAGAAAAAUUA